CUCAGCCUCGCUCUACCUCGGCUGUGUCAUUGCGAAGAGUGACUGUGGUCCGCGCCGCACGUUCACACAGCAGCGGGGAUAAAAGGUGUAGUGGAGGAAGAGGGGAGAGAGAGAGAGAGAGAGAGAGAGAGGAAGGGGGGGGGGGAGAGAGAGAAUUCCCUUCACAGGAGUACAGGCAGGCUUACGCACGAAGCACAUGGACAGAACAUUUAGUUCCCUGCUUGUGCAAUGAUUGGGGCGGGCUUGAAUUAGGAGCAACAGACGCGUGUGGAAACCCACCUGCAGACAUGACGACUGAUCAGGAUUUUCCCAUGGACGCACCAACAGCCACCGCCAUAUUUGCUGCAAAGGGCAUUGAUCUAACUCCCAACAAAGACCGAGGGGUCAUGAAGUACUAUGAUGAUCAUCAAUGGCUGAUCAGUUGAUGAUGACAAUGUCCUUGGACGUUUAUUUGAAUCCACACAUCAGAGUAAAGGGAAGUUAAAAAUCAAAGAAUGUAAUUCCAUUUUUAAAAAAAUAUUCCUUUUGUGUUUUCCAUUCACAUAUUCUUUUUAUUUCAUUGUCAAUUAAUGGAAGUGUGUUUCCUGUUAGGUUGUGAAGCGGCCGGUGGUAGAUGGAGAAGUACCGAUGAUCGGGGACCGAGUGACUAUACACUACACUGGGAGACUGCUGACGGGGGAGACCUUUGAUUGCAGUCACAGCCGCAAAGAGGCCUUUUCCUUCAGUGUGGGAAGAGGACACGUCCUCAAAGCCUGGGACAUCGGUGUCCUGUCCAUGCAGAUCGGUGAGGUGUGUUUAUUACUCUGUAAACCAGAGUACGCCUAUGGACCUAGUGGAUGUCCCAACAAAAUCCCCCCCAACUCCGUCGUAGUGUUUGAGAUGGAGCUCCUCAAAUUCAGAGGGGAAACGCUGACAGAAGACGGGGGCAUCAUGAGAAGAAUCAAAGUCAAAGGAGAGGGUUUUGUUUGUCCCAACGACGGUGCGACAGUGAACGUGCACCUGGAGGGGAGCUGCGGUGGUCGACUGUUUGACUGCAGGGAUGUUAACUUCAUAGUUGGAGAGGCCGAAGAUAAAGGAGUUCCUCUGGGAGUGGACCGAGCCAUGGACAAGAUGCAGAAAGGAGAGCGCUGUAUACUUUACCUCACGCCAAAAUAUGGCUUUGGAAGUGAAGGCAGCGUAGAGUACAAGAUAGGACCAGACAAAGACCUGGUAUAUGACGUCACGCUCAAAGAUUUCAAACAGGCUAAGGAAUAUUGGGAAAUGGAUUUGAAGGAGAAGCUGGAUUUGGCCGAUGGAGUGAAGAAUAAAGGGAAUCAGUAUUUUAAGGCAGGGCGCUUCUACCAGGCUGUAAUCCAGUACCAGCGCAUUGUUUCCUGGUUGGAGAUAGAACAUAUACGUGGGAAAGAGCAGCAGAGAGUGGAGGGCGUCCUAAUGACAGCCUACCUUAAUCUGGCGCUGUGUUUCCUGCGGAUAAAAGAAUUUUCACAAGUGGUGGAAAACUGCAACAAGGUGAUCGAGUACGAGAAGAACAAUGAAAAAGCUCUGUAUCGUCGCGGGGAGGCGCGUUUACUUAGCAACGAAUUCAACUUGGCUGUGGCCGACUUUCAGCAGGUUCUUCAAGUCAAUCCCACAAACCGAGCCGCACGUGCUCAAAUAUCUAUUUGCCAGAGCAAGAUUAAGGAACACAAUGAACAGGACAAGAAAACCUACGCCAACAUGUUCCAAAAAUUCGCAGAACGCGACGCCAAGGUUGGGAAGCUGAAGAAGAAGCGGGAUGAGAGCAGCAUUAACGGGGUUGUGGGAGUCAAGCGGUGGCGCAGUAGCCAGGACCACCUGCCUUCAAUCUGACAGUAGAAAGAGGGGGAAGAAAAAAAGAAAAGACAAUCCUCUUCCUGCUUUCUAAGACCAGGAAGCCGAGGCUGGAACAAAGUCGUAUGAAGCCUCGCAUCCAAACUUUUAUCGAAAUAUCUGCGUCACCAUUCCUGCAUACAGAACACAGGUUUGACACAGCACGUGGAGUGGCGAUUCAGUGGAAGACUUCAAACUCCCUUAAAACGCGUUAUUUUAACGGACUAUUAAAAAAAAAAAAUCCGUCUACUGUGGAAAGAUGUGCCUCUGCAGUCUGAUCCCAAAAACCUAUAGAUUUGGUAAGUUCUUUUUUUUUUAUCUCUCUCUCUCUCUCUAUAUAUAUAUAUAUUUAUCCAAUUGUCGGGCAGCUGUACGCUUGUGUCAGGUGAUGUUUAACAUUCAGGCUUGCUAUAUUUAAUGUGCAAUAAAGAAGUCCCAUUAGCUCAUUUGUAUUUUAGCAGGAAACACAAUGAGUUCUAAAUUAUAUAUAAGAAAAAUUAACUUAUAAAUACGUUUUUUUGUGUUGUGAUAUGACAUAUAUGACAGAAAAAGUUGCACAACCUUGAAUUGAUCAUACGUUGGUGGAGUCACACUGUAAAUACUGACGCAUUAAUGAUCCAAAUAUCAGUGAAAAAAAUCAUCUUCUAGAAAACAAGUCAGUGUUUCCAAAAACAGGUGAAUGUUGUUGUUGUUGUUGUUGUUCAUCAUCUCCAAGCAGCACAAACUACACGUACUUAAAACAUCCCAGAACACAGGUCUGUAAUCAGUCUGUAAUCAGUCUGUAAUCAGUCUGUAAACCGUUGUGAUGCCUACAGUAGAACAUACGCUGCCAUACGUCGAGAGGCUCGCCACUGAAACAAAACCAGGUUUUGCCUUUUGUUUGUGACAUAAUUGAAGGCCUUGAUUUAGAGAAUACUUCAAUCUGUAAUCAUUUCCAGCUGUGUGUGCAUGAAACUCGCCAUUUAUUUGUUGGAGCGAUGAGGGUCGAUGAGUUUGUUUGUGCUGAUCAUCAGGGGGAAAUAACACAGUCUAUGCCUUUUUGCAGCAUGAAAACAAAUGAUGAUUAAAACACAGUUCGUCAGAAUGGACUGAUUAAAUCUUUAGUUUGAAGGUAACUGGAUUUAAGGGGGAAAAAAAGACAUUUUCCCACUGAAUCUUUAGUUGUUUUUUUUUUUUUUUUCUUUAGUGAAUGAUGAGCUUCUGAAGCAGACACUUGUUGUGCAUGAAUCAGCUGUGCAUGACAGUCAGUGCACAUAAAUGUUAACAAACAAAUCCAGGCAGUAAAAUGCCAACUAUCAUUACAAUGUACUAAAAAAAAGAUCUUAAAGACUGAGUCAGUGCGAAAGGUGCAAAAAGAAGCUUUAAAAAAACCAGUCUGAACCACAGUGUCCAUCAGUCAACCAGCGAUUGUCACGUAGGACCGUGAUCAUCCACAUCCGUUCUCUUCUUCUGCCUCAGUGUCUAUUGAUUCACUGCUUUGAAUCUAUUUUUUUUUUUUGGCGUCUUUUUGUGAAUGUGUGAAUGUCAAUGACUUGUGGAAAACAAUGCACUUUGGUUCCUGGUAAAAAAAACAAUUCUUUAUAUGAAAUGUCCAGAUGAAAUUUGGACAAUAAUCCUGAGAUGUUUUAUAAACAUUGGUUGGUUUAGAAUGAAAACCUUUGUGGUCUUAAAUGUCUGCGUUCGUGUGUGUUAAUAGAGUGUGUAUUGUUGUAUGUUGAAGAGUUUUGUUUUACUACACGCCUUGUUUCUAAAUGUUUUAAAGAACGACUGGAUCUUCACAUUCAACAUUCAAACCUUUUGUACUUUAGCGUGAACUAAUUCCU